AUGAAUGUUGAAGAUUAUGUGAAUGUCGAAAAUUAUGUGAAUGUUGAAGAUUGUGUGAAUGUCGAAGAUGGGGUGAAUGUUGAAGAUGGAGUUAAUGUUGAAGAACGAGUGAAUGUGGAAGAUUCAAGUAGUGGUCCUUUGGAACCAUUCAUUGCCAUGAUAUUUGACGAUGUGGAAGACGCCCAAUCGUUUUACAAGGCAUAUGUAAGACAUAAAGGUUUUGCAAUUCGGACUAAUCAUACUCGGCUGUUGAAAGAUGAUAAAAAACUUUGUGCAAUAGAUUAUGUUUGCACAAGAGAAGGAUUUCGACGGGUAACUCAGAAAGAAAAAGAACGAAAAGUUCCUGAACUUGCUGAGACAAGGAUUGGAUGUAAAACAAUUAUGGGAAUAAAAAAAGAUGGUGAAAAGUGGAUAGUCAACAAACUUGUGAUUGGACAUAAUCACAUUUUACUUACACCGAGGAGUACUAGUUUGCUCCGUAGAAAUAGGAAAGUUACAAAAGUCCAAAAAAAACUGAUUAUGACUUUGAAUGACUCUGGUGUACCAACAAGAAAGAUUAUGUCAAUGUUGAGUAAAGAAUCAGGUGGUAACUUCAAUGUUAGCUCUAUUGGCAAGGAUGUUGAAAAUUACUUAGGAAACAAAAGGAGAAAAGUAUUUGAAGAGAGAGAUGCACAAAUGUUAUAUUCUUACUUUCUUGAGCGACAACUCACAGAACCUGAGUUUGUGUACUUCAUGCAAAUUGAUAAGGAUGGAUGUAUUGGAAGUUGUUUUUGGGCUGAUGCGCGGUCAAGGACUGCAUAUCAGUAUUUUGGAGAUGUUGUUACAUUUGAUGCCACGUACCUGACCAAUAUUUAUAAGAUGUCGUUUGUGCCAUUUUUCGGAGUUAACCAUCAUCAUCAUACCAUAAUGUUUGGUUGUGCCUUGUUAGUUAAUGAAACAGCAGAAUCAUAUACAUAG